GUCACGGCAAAAACUUUUCCGGAAGAAAAUGUGGACUAAAAACCUUGUUGUUGCUUAAAUAACGGUUAAUUUGUGUUAGGAAUUUUAAGAAAAGUUCAGGAUGAAGCCCAAAAAUGGAAGAACCAAAAAUCAGGAUUAUGUAAAUCUGCUAUAUUCAGAAUCGGAUAGUGAUGAUCCACCAGAUCUCAAGCUUCCUUCUUUCAACAACAAACCGAAAAAGUCGAGAAAAAAAAGAAGCAGUUUAUCUUUAAGAUCUUCAACAGAUCAAAUCAGUGACUUUAAAAGCUCCUGUACAGGCCAUUCAAUUUUGAAAUUUUUUAUAGUGAUAGUUAUAUUGUUAGCUUUAUCUGUGCUAGGUUUCAUGACAUUUUGGUUAUUAGGCAAAGUAACUGAGCUCAGAGAUCAAAUAGAAGCUGUUGUCCUGAUUACACUAAUUGCGUGUAUAGUGGCAUCAGCUGGAUUAAUAUGGAUGCACUUUGAAUUAAAGAGAGAUUUAGAUAAUCUACGUGAUAGAUUGGUAUCAGUUGAGUUUGAGUCAAAAAAAGACAACGAAGAAUUCAUCAAGAUACAGUCAGAUGUCAAGUCUUUGAACAAGACUGUACAAAUAAUCAAACAAGAAAAUUUAGUUUUUAAGAAAAAUUUAUCCCAGCUUGCUUUAAGAUUUAAAAACAUCACAGACCAGUCAAGUAAAUUAACAGAAAAUUUGAAAUCAAUCCAAAAUCUGAAUAAAUUGUCACAAAUUGACACUUUAUCGAAUACUUUUGCAGCCUUAGGAAGUGAUUUUAAAACUUUUCAAAAAUCUAUUUCUCCAACAGUAGAUGAUUUGAAGAAGAGAGUUGCAGCAUUAGAGAAUAAAGGUGGUAGAGAAGUAGAUACACCUGUGGACUCAAAAGAUGGAGAAAGUAAAUUGGUAUCUGUCAGACAGACUUUUAUAGAAUUACAUGAAGAUAUAGAUUCUCUUAAUAAAACUAUACUUAAUACAGUCAACAAUUUAAAAACUAAUAUUUCUAACCGAGUGAAACUGUUAGAGAAUUCAGUGACUAAUGUUUUAGAAAAUAUAAGUUCUAAUAAGACAAGUUCAGGCAUGCUAGCUUCAGUUCCUACAGACAAUAUGAAAGAACAAAUAUCUGCAGUAAUAAAUGAUAUGAUAAAGAAGAAAGAGUUAACCAUGUUAUCUACUAAUAAUAAUAUGACAUCACUACAACAACAAGUAUCUAAUUUAACCUCUAUAGUACAUGAAAUAAUGUCCAAUCAUUCCCAGAUUAUAUCUGAUCAUUCUAAUAUGUUUGCCAAUAGUCAAUCAUUAGAUAUAGAAGAUAUUGAACAUCAGUAUCAGAUGUUAAAUAAAACAGUAAUAAAAUUACAUGAUGAUGUAGAAGUUUUAACCAGUAAAUUAGUUGGUAAUACUAAUAAGUUACAUGUAGUAUCUACCACUGUUAAUGCUUUGAAACAAUAUAUUGCACAUGAAGAAAAUAUAAGUUCAGUGUUAAAUAUGAAUGUUUCUAGUUCAGUUAAUCCCCUAUCAAUAACUACUACCCCAACCUCUCAUACAGAAACAAGUACUCAGUUUACACCAGUAGUCAUUCCUACAGUGAAAUCAUAUGAAGAUUUAGUAAGUAAAUAUGAAAUGUGGAAAUCCAAAUCGCCUGAUGGUCAUGUUGGUGAAAACGAACUCCAGAACUUUAUGCAUUCAAGUACUAUUGAAGCACUAAAACCUUAUGAUGUAAAUGGAAAUGGUUUCAGUUUGGAAGAGCUUGUCAAGGCAACAGGCUUGAAAAAAUCAGAUGUUCCGAAAGACCUUCAGAACAUGUAACUAUCUAGGCCAAAUUAUACAAGAGAAAACUGAGUUAAGUUAAGUCGAGCAAAGAUACAGAUGCACAUCUAGGUACUAUUGAAAUAUAUCAAUUAUCAGGGGCAUAUGGCCUCUAUCAUAGGCCCACAAGGUAAAACAUUCAGAGGGUUUGACUAAUCCUUGAACUGAAUAUUAACAUUGGAACAAAAAUAUGUACAAAUUGCAUUAUUUUAAUAACAUAAAUUUAGCAUGGUUCAUUCUACAUUUCUGAAUUAUAAUUUAUGAAUUGAUGAUACUGGAUAUGCAUGAUUAGCCUUGUUCUAUUAUAAAUUAUUUAGUUAUCUGAGAAUGCCAUUUGACUCCUUAACAAUUUCAAUCAAUCCUGCCCUUUUACAAAUCCAUAAUUGUACACUAUGAAAAAUACAAGCAUUUGAUGUCACAUGCUUAUUGAUAUUAAAAUUCCAUCCUGCUUCAAAAUGGCUGUAAAUUAGUUACUAAGAAGUGUGCUUAUGGUAUUUUUUAUAGCAUAAUCUAUCCUGUCUAUACCUGGAUCAUUCCUAAAGCAUAAUGUUGUGGAUUAUUGAUAUAAUACUACUUAAUUUCAAGUAUAUUUGUAUAUAAUUUGUGCCAUUUAUUGUUAAAAUCAUGAUCAUCUUUAAGCAAUAUUUCAUCUGAAAUAGAGAAAUGAAAUUAUAACUUCGAUGCUUUAUUCAUUUUUAUGCCUUUUGCUUCUCAAAGACUUAUCCAUUUAAG